UACUUGUGUCAUACUAAGAAUGAUGUGGCCUUGAAAUCAAGAUCUUGUUAGCUGUCAAUUACCUUGGACCUUGAAGUCAAUGUCUCUUAGGCUUGUCUUAAUAUCAGAACUGGUAGUUUGUGAUAUAUUGAUAUAUAUGUGUGUGUGUGUGUGUGUGAGAGAGAGAGAGAGAGAGCUAGGGAAGCGGAAUAUGAGAGAAUAGAUCAGCAGCUGGGAAAAUGAGUAGCAUUCCAGAGCUCCCACAGGGCUCUGAAGCCUCUAAUGGAAAGACCAUUCCACUUGUAGGCUUCGGCACUGCCGAAUAUCCUUUUGGCAACUCCUCUGAAACCAUGAGAGAAUAUAUUCUUCAUGCAAUCAAGCUGGGAUUCCGACACUUCGACACUGCUGCUCUUUACCAGUCCGAGCAGCUUCUCGGGGAAGCCAUAGAUGAUGCUCUCCGCCUUGGCUUUAUCAACUCCAGGGACGAACUCUUCAUCACUUCCAAGCUUUGGUGCAGCGAUGCUCAUCACCAUCAUGUCCUCCCUGCUCUUCACAAAACACUCAACAAUCUGAAGUUGGAGUAUGUUGAUCUUUAUCUCAUUCACUGGCCAGUAAGCAUUAAGCCUGGGGCAUAUGAGCUGCCUUUUAAGAAGGAAGACCUCCUUCCCACAGAUUUCGAGUCUGUAUGGGAAGCUAUGGAGGAGUGUCAAAAGCUUGGCCUGGCCAAAUCAAUUGGUGUAAGCAACUUCUCAUGCAGAAAGCUUGAAACCCUACUUGCCACAGCAAACAUCCCCCCAGCAGUCAAUCAAGUGGAGAUGAAUCCGCUUUGGCAACAGAAGAAGCUGAGAGAGUUUUGUGAGAAGAUGGGUAUACAUAUCACUGCUUACUCUCCCUUGGGAGGCAAAGGAACACUGUGGGGAACAAACUGGGUAAUGGAAUGUGAGGUGCUAAAGGAGAUUGCCAAGGCAAAAGGAAAAACUGUUGCUCAGGUUUCUCUAAGAUGGGUAUAUGAGCAAGGAGUGAGUGUGCUUGUGAAGAGCUUUAACAAGGAGAGGAUGAAAGAAAACCUUGACAUAUUUGAGUGGAAGCUGAGCCAUGAGGAUUCACAAAAGAUAAGUCAAAUUCCGCAGUGUAAAGGAUUUCCUGGAAUUGAAUUCAUCUCUGAUGAAGGCCCUUACAAGUCGCUUUCCGAGCUUUGGGAUGGAGAGAUCUAGAAUUGCAUAAGAAAGCUUUUAUGCUUUGGCUCCGUUUGUCCAUGCUUUUUGGAUAAGUUUUUGUUUGAAAUAAUGUUUAACGUGAAAUAAAAGUAAAGAUAGUUUAAAGUA